UGAAGAGAUGGGUCUUGAGGUGGGACUGGAAGAUGGUGAGGGACUCAGAGGUGCGGAUCUCAUGGGGGAAGGAGUUCCAGAGCCUGGGAGCUGCCCUGGAGAAGGCUCUGUUGAUAAAUAGGGAAAAUAUAACUCAUAGUAUGACGCCUGUUAGAAAUAUUCCAUUACCACUAACUGCUCCUUCAUUGUGGAAGUUAGGGUCUACUGAGGGAAUGCGAAGGGAAGGCUGCAACUGCUUGGUUCGUGCUGGUUCUGUACAACACAGCAGGGUUGCUCACAGGGCUGGAAACAGGAGUACCCUCCGAGAGCACAUCACAGGACACAUGGCCACGAGGUGCUGCUGUCUACUUGUGCUGCUGGUCACUCUGGGCACGUGCGAUGGCUUACAUGGGCGUGAUUUGGCUCACCAUGGCGCCUCUAUGUUUGCCGACCUGACCCCCCGCGAAAUGCAUGAUGUCCGGGAUUACCUGCAUGGCCAGCCAGAGUUGGGUCUGACUGCGUCCCAGGACAAGACCCUAAAGAAGAACAGUAUCCUUCUGAUGGAGCUCCAUCUGCCCCGUAAGCAUGAGGCCCUGAGGGCCCUGGACCGGGGUCAGGCCAAGCCCACACGCCAGGCCAGGGUGAUUGUUCAGUUUGCCAACCAGGCUGAGCCCAACAUCACAGAGUACAUUGUGAGUCCGCUCCCUGUUCCCACUUCGUACACCAGAAAGACAUUCAAAGGAGACAAGCCCAUUAAGUUUGAAUCACGACCCAUCACGAUGGCUGAGUAUUCGCACAUCAACGACAUCUUGGAGAAGAUCACUGCCAAAGCCCACAAUCUCCUGUUUGAGUCCACGGGUGGAUUUUCCUUCAACAACUGCACCAACCGCUGCCUGACAUUCACGGACAUUGCACCCCGUGGUUUGGAAUCGGGUGAAAGGAGGACCUGGAUCAUGUUGCAGAAAUUUGUGGAGGGCUACUUCAUCCACCCUGUUGGCUUUGAGGUUCUGGUCAACCACAAAGACCUGGACCCUGAGCGCUGGACGGUGGAAAAGGUGUGGUACAACAGCCAGUACUUUGACACAGUGGAGGAGCUGGUGGAGCGAUAUGAGAAGGGAACGCUGAAAAAAGUAAAGCUUCCCGACCAUGACGAUGAGGACUUGUACUCCACUUACAUUCCCCGUGGACACAGCAACAUGCGCACCGACAUCCACGGGCCCAAGCUGGUGGAGCCCCAAGGCCCUCGCUACCACAUUGAUGGAAACUUUGUGGAAUACGCUGGCUGGUCCUUUGCCUUCCGCGUCCGGUCGUCCGCUGGUCUUCAGAUCUUUGACUUGCGCUUUAACGGAGAACGGAUCGCCUACGAGGUCAGUCUCCAGGAGGCAAUCGCCUUUUACUCCGGCGACACCCCUGCUGCCAUGCAGACCAAAUACAUUGAUGCCGGCUGGGCAAUGGGCACCGUGGACUAUGAGCUGGCGCCCGGCAUUGACUGUCCUGAAAUUGCCACCUUUCGGGACCUGCACCAUUACUAUGACACGGACAAGCCAGUGCUGUUCAAGAAUGCCCUGUGUGUGUUCGAGAUGACCACGGGAAUGCCUCUAAGGAGACACUUUAACAGCAACUUCCAAGGGGGCUACAACUUCUACGGGGGUCUGGAAAACCAUGUGCUGGUGGUUCGUACCACCUCCACCGUCUAUAACUACGACUACAUCUGGGACUUUCUGUUCUACCAGAAUGGGGUAAUGGAGUCCAGGGUCAGUGCCACUGGUUACAUACAUGCCACAUUCUUCACCCCAAACGGACUACAGUAUGGCAGCAAGGUCUACAACUAUGUACUGGGCAACCUUCAUACGCAUCUCAUCCACUAUAAGGUUGACCUCGAUAUUGCGGGUCGGGAGAACAGCUUUGAGUCGAUGAACCUCAAGUAUGUCAAUUUCACAAAUCCUUGGAGCCAUAAAUAUUCCAUUGUCCAGUCCAAGCUUGUCAAGACGCAGCACCAGAAAGAACGCAGCGCCGCUUUCCGCUUCGACAAGAAGUUCCCCCGCUACGUGCACUUCUACAACCCCAACGAGAAAAACAAGUGGGGCCACCAGAGGGGCUACCGCAUCCAGUACAACUCACAUGCCAAUAGUGUGCUGCCCCGCGGCUGGAGAGAAGAGAACGGCAUCAGCUGGUCCAGAUAUCAAUUGGCCGUGACCAGACACAAGGACAGUGAGUCUACCAGCAGUAGCAUCUACACUCAGAAUGAUCCCUGGGAACCCGUGGUGUCCUUUGAAGACUUCAUCCGGAACAAUGAAAACAUCACCAACCAGGACCUGGUUGCCUGGGUGACGGUGGGCUUCCUACACGUGCCCCACUCAGAGGACAUCCCCAACACGGCAACACCAGGAAACUCGGUGGGCUUCUUCCUGCGUCCCUUCAACUUCUUUGAUGAGGAUCCCUCUCUGGCGUCUCGCAGUACUGUCAUCGUCCGGCCGGACACAGAGGGCAAGCCCAAAGUCCAGAGGUGGACCCCGGAAGUCAUAGGUCACUGUGUGACUGACAAGCCUUUCUUUUACAACGGCACAUACCCAGGUGUCUGAGUGACUGGUGUGAGUGACAGGAACGACAGCAGGGUGGAUUCAUCCAAGCGCUAGCAAAAGUGAUAUUACGUUGAUACCCUGCCUGUACCCGUUUAGGAAUAAUAAGAAUGCUCUGCAUUUUGUGUUGCAUGAUGUUUUUUUCCCUGAAUGCAAAUUGAUCGCAACAGACUCGUGUUAUGUUUUUUCAUAUGUAUGUAUCUGACAUAGAUGGAGUAGUAUGAUUGUUUUCUUUGUACUUUGGUUGUCACGCUAACUCUUUUUGUGUAAGGCUUGGGGGCCGCUGCACCCAUAAUCCCUUUGGGUUAGGGUCUCCAUGGAUUGGGUUUAGUUGCUCUGAGCAUCCAGGAUGCAGGAUGCCGGCAUCCGCCAGUGUCCUCCACGCUCCUGGAUCCCAGCAGGCAUGUGUGGCGGGAAUGUUUUCAUUGGGAAAACAACUGGGUCUAAGUUAACCAAGCAAACAAGCCGAUACAGACCCACCCUGCAAACAGUCCAGGAUUCACCUGCACUGUUGUCCCAGGCAACCAGUGGAACUUGAACAAAACAAUGGAAAUGCCAUGGAAACCAAUGAGGGAGAGAUGCCAUGGGGAGAGACACCCCCACUAUAUGAUGUUCAAAUCUAUGUAUUAACCUGUACUGCAUUUAUACAACCCACACACAGAGAAUUGAUGGGACAGUACGCAAUCGUUCUAGAAACGAUCUAGAAACACAAACGUUCGAGAACUGUUAGCGUUUCAUGGUUCCUUUUCUAAUACGCUUGACUAUUUUUAAUUUGAUGCAAUAAAGACAACAAUAGAUGAAAUAACAUUGAGGACAACA